CCCAGGGGGCGUCUUCUCAGCAUCAUGUCACAGGCGGGACUCUGUCUUCACACGGGAAACUGCUCAUCCUUUGGUUUUAGGGUUCCUCCUUGUUCUCCUGCACCUGGAGGCUUGUGAACUAUGCACACUUGGAAGGCGUCUUUGCAAAGUUCAAGGAUCUAAACAAGGAUUUAAAAUGUUGUCAUGGAGAUGUCUUUUAUUCUUCUUCAGCGUGGUGGUCAUGUUCUUGGACCUGAGGACAGAAGCAACGCUGGAAGGCUCCUCCAUGGGUCCGCUGGAUCUGCCUCACAGCGAGGAAGCGCCGUCCUUCCGGCGAGUCGUCCGCCUGUCCGACGUCAAAGUGUCCCGAGGAAGCCGCGUGGCGCUGACCCGACGCAAACGCAACGUCCUUUUCCCCAGCGGAGUCAAGCUGUGUGCGCAGGAGACCGCUAAGCAGGCCGUCGCCAACCAUCUCAGCUUCUUCCAUCUGAGAGUGUGCCAGGAGACCGUGUGGGAGGCUUUCAAAAUUUUCUGGGAGCGCCUCCCUGAGCAAGAGGAGUACCAGAGCUGGAUGAACCAAUGCCAGGAGGGGGAGGUCACGGCACAAGACAUCGGUACCUACUUCAGCCAAUCAGAGGAGCACCAGACUCUGGUCGAGAAGAAAAUAUCACUGCCAGGCUUGAAAAGCGAGCCCACCAGGCCAGGGCAGCAUACAUGCAGCACUUUAGCGCCGGGUACGACCAACACUUCCAAAGCUCCUAAUGAAGAAGAGGAAGCGACUGUUGUUCCACAAGUGGAGCUGGAGAACGACAUUCCUGUUGAGCCUCUGACUGCGGCCGUGUUGGAGCAGGUGGUGGAACUGAGCAUCCUCCUGACGGGCGUCAUGUACGACCGCGACCUCGACGACCCCGACUCGCUACGCCAUCAGACGUUCAGCAGGCAGCUGGCACAGAAGAUUGAAGAUGCACUAGCGGGACUUCCUGGAUUUAAGAGUGUGUCUGUGAUGGACUUCAGGCCUCACAAGGAUGGACAAGCGCUGGAAGGCAUCAUCGUGGACUACGCCGUCACUCUGGUGGUGGACAGUGCGGGCGUGAGCGGCGAUCAACUGGACUACCUGACCCUCCAGUCCAACCAGGUGGAGAACUCCUACCGCGAGGUCAAAGAGCACCCGACCUUGGUCUACGCCAUCAGCGAGCUGAAGACCUUUGUCACCGAGGACCUCCUGAAGGACGCCUUGGAGAGCGUGUCUGAGAUCCCGGAGACGGUCCAUGCUGCAGGAGAAACCUCGGUCCGCCCUGAGAAUGAACCAGAGCCGGAACUCCCAAUCCCAGAAGACGUCAUGGAAGACGUCAGGAGGGACGAAUUCCUGCCCGAGGUGGCUGAAGACGACACGGUGGUCACGAUGGAAAGCGAUGUGGUCAUCCUGGAGGAGAGCGUUGAUAUAUCUUCCCCUCCCGUCGCCACCACGUCGGCACCUGACACCGGCAGCAUUAAGGAGGAGGGUUUGCUGCUGGAGAACACUGUGCAAACUACAGCGGCAGAAGAAGAGGACCACCACCAGCAGACACAGGAGGACGUCCCCCCGUUUGAGAGUCAAGAAGAAGGAGUCACGUUGCCUGAACCCCCAGUAUUGGUGGAGGCCUCGGGCACCGGUGACAUUGACAACCUGCUGUGGUGGCCUGAUACCACAACUUUGGCGGCAGCAGAGGCUGAAGAUGUGGUCGUUCUGGACGAGGAGCAUCUGGACAGUGGCGUCAUCACCGAGGAGCUCCUAGCAAGUGAAACAGCAGAAGAGGGCUUUUUUCCUGGUGCUGCAGAUGUAACUAGCGAGGCUGGUCAACAAAGUGAAUCCAAGCAUUCGGAAGAGGCUGAAAGAGCCGCUCCAGAAGAAGUGGAAGGACCUCCAGAAGCUUCAGAGAUCGCAACAGAUGAACUUGCCGAUAACAAUAUCUUGCUGGUCAACCAGGACACACCAGAACCAACUGCAGCGUCUGCAGAAGAGGAGUCAGCCUUUGCAAAUGUACCUGAGAUGAAACCAGCUUUGGAGGAGCAACCUGACCUUGUCAUCCCUUCACUUGUGGAGGAGAUCCAGACCACCGAUGAAGAUGGCGACCCCAGCUACGAAGUGAUCCACUACGGCUCGAUCAACCACACGGAGGAGGGCAGCACGGGGUUCCCGCUCAGCGUGUCACACGGCACUGACCCGGCAAGCAUCGCCAUGCCGGCUAACCCAGGUCGAGCGCUGAUGGUCUUCUUUAGCUUGCGGGUGACCAACAUGAUCUUCUCAGAGGAUCUGUUUAACAAGAGCUCGCCAGAGUACAAAGCGUUGGAGCAGCGCUUCCUAGAACUGCUCGUGCCCUACCUCCAGUCCAACCUGAGUAACUUUGAGAACCUUGAAAUCCUCAACUUCCGCAACGGAAGCAUCGUGGUCAACAGCCGGAUGAAAUUCGGCAAGCCUGUGGCUCAGGGCGUCACCUCCACAGUCUACUUGAUCCUGGAGGACUUCUGCAACACGGCCUACCAGACCAUGAACCUGGCCAUCGAUAAGUACUCCCUGGAUGUCGAGUCAGGCGUCCAGGCGGACCCGUGCAAGUUCCAGGCGUGCAACGACUAUGCCGAGUGUAAGGUGAACAAAUGGUCUGGGGAGGCAGAGUGUGUGUGUAACGCCGGCUACUUCAGCAUAGACGGCCUGCCUUGUCAGAGCAUCUGCGAGCUGCGCACCGACUUUUGCCUCAAUGAUGGCAAAUGUGACAUCAUACCCGGCCAGGGAGCCAUCUGCAGGUGUCGCGUCGGAGAGAACUGGUGGUACCGAGGAGAGCAUUGCGAGGAGUACGUAUCGGAGCCUCUGGUGGUGGGCAUAGCGGUGGCCUCUGUGGCCGGCUUCCUACUGGUGGCGUCUGGUGUCAUCUUCUUCCUCGCCAGGACGCUACGAGAUCAAUACGAUAAGGACGAGUCUGAGGACCCCAUACGGCGGGCGGAGAGCAUUCCAUCGCUGGAGCGGGCGACCAAGUACAACCCCAUGUACGAGAGCGAGGCCACCACGGGCUACAGCCACUAUUACCGCCGCUACCCUGAGGCUGCCAUCUACAGCAGCGCCAGCGCCGAGGCCUCCACCGACUUCAGCAGCGAGGAGAUCCGACACAUCUACGAGAACAGCGAACUGACCAAGGAGGAAAUCCAAGACAGGAUACGCAUCAUCGAGCUUUACGCCAAGGACCGCCAGUUUGCAGAUUUUGUGCGGCAGCAUCAAGCAGUCCUGGACACAAGAAGAGAAAGUUCUUCUGCACAGACAUGAAACAAGAAGGACAACAUCAGGAUUCCAAAAGACUGCACUAAAAAUCACUGACUUAUCUUCAUCCUGUCUUCAUGGCUGCAUCUUUCUUCCUUCCUUCCUCGGUGCCUUCUGCUGGACAUGUCUCUCUGUGGGAAAAUGGACAUCAUUUAACGAUCAUGCAGUUUUAAGUCCAUUCCUGAUGAAAAGUAUUGCUUGUGUACUGUAGUACAGCCACAUAGGACGGUGCUAUGUUUUAUUGACCUUUUCAAUGUAGUGAUAUAUCAUAAAAGUCACAUUUGACAUUUAAAAGACAAACAACGCUUCACAUCAAGAUGGCCAAAUGUUUGUGUUUUGGCAUCCCAAAGUUGGACCAAUCAGACGCUUGUUGACACACUAGAGAGCGGUAGAGGCAGCAGACGAGGAGAAGCCGUUUCAGCAUCCAGAAGUCAAUGAAAACGCAUUGCAUCUUUUACAUGCCAUUGGUAGAAAAGAUGCACAAAUGGACAUAAACAUUUGAAGGUUAGCAGUACGUUCUUUAAAUGAGACUACGGUUUGGCUCAGACGCCAUGUGUGUGUUUUCUUUGGUACUCGCUUACAUUCCACCAUUUGGACACGUUAUGCUCCAUCAUUGUUGUCCUGCUGAGCAGUAAAUCGUAGCUGUCCUACCUCGUUAUGUGCAAUCUUUAGCUCCCGUUAAACACACAUACACAUGAUACAAGGCUUCUGCAGUUCUAAUACAGUGGAACCUCUACAAUCCAGCGACACUCAUUGAGCUUUUUCACACAUUUCUUGCAAACGAAAGCAGCCUCAAAAUGCCAAGUAAAAUGAUAAUGACAGUUUGAUCUUGGAACAUAUUUCUAUGUUCAUUAUUUGUUAGGGGAUUUCAUAUGGAAAAAGUUGUUACUAAAUCCAAACAAAUCAUCAAAUGUUAGACCUUAGAAGUUCCACUGUACAUUUAAUGUUUAUGAAAUUACAUCCAAGCACGGACGUUAUGUCAUGUAAAUAUGAUGGAAUAUUAGGAUGCAUAUCACUGUUGUUCCAUUUAAUAACCAUAUACAUUUUUUAUACUCUCUCACCACCUGUGUUUCCAUACUGUGCAGCUGUUUCAAUUCCUUGUCAUGUGUCCGUAAUAAAAAACAUUUGUA